UCUCUGUUCUCUUCUUCUCUCUCGGUCUCCGUCUUCUUCCUCCCUCAAAUUGAGGAUCGAUUUCUCAUGUCUCUCUAGCCCUCGGAUCCCAAAAAACCUAUCAAUCACAGGGAAAAAUGUUGGCGUGGUUCAGUGUACUGUGAAUUGGUUGAUGGGCCUGCAAUUAAUUGAAUGACUGUAGGGUAAUUCUUUUGAAAAGUUUCCACCUUGAAAUAUAGAGCCUGAGAAGCAAGAGAAAGGGGAAAGCUUUGAACGAAGUUAUGGGGGAAGCUCUCCUCACAACCUUGUCCAUGGAGAAUUGUCACUUGUCUACACUCCUGUCCAUGGAUUCGAGUUCAUUGGCGCAUGAGGAAUUCGAAAGAGAGAUAGGCAAGUCGUUCAUCCUUCCGCGUCCUCCUGAUAUCAAUCUCCCUUUAUCAUCUGAGCCAAGCCCACCUCCCCAAAGUUGGAAUGAUCCCUGUGAUGUUCUUCUAGAUGUGAACCUCGGGUCGCAAAUCUAUGAGGCGGAGACAACGAUCAAUUUGCCGAAAGUUGCAAAAAAGUGCACAAAGCGACUGGAUAGCGUUUGGGGUGCCUGGUUUUUCUUUAGUUUCUAUUUCAAACCUGUUUUGAAUGAGAAAUCUAAGAGCAAGAUUGUCAGGGACAAUAAUGGCCUGUCUGGCUAUGAAAAAUCAGAUCUGCAGCUAGACGCUUUUCUUGUUCAACAUGAUAUGGAGAACAUGUACAUGUGGGUUUUCAAGGAAAGGCCCGAAAAUGCACUCGGCAAGAUGCAACUAAGGAGUUUCAUGAACGGACAUUCUCGCCAGGGAGAACGCCCAUUUCCUUUUAGUGCGGAAAAGGGUUUUGUUAGGUCACAUCGUAUGCAAAGGAAGCAUUAUAGGGGUCUCUCUAACCCCCAGUGUGUUCAUGGGAUCGAAGUAGUUCGGUCGCCCAACCUCAUGUGUCUCGAUGAGGAGGAAAAGAAGAGGUGGGUGGAGCUUACAGGCAGGGAUAUAAAUUUCUGCAUCCCUCUUGAAGCAAGUGAUUUUGGUUCUUGGAGGAACCUACACCACUCAGAACUCGAAAUUGAGCGCCCCCCUUCUCUUAAGAAUAUUGCUCACUUAAAAAAAUCGCUCAAUGGUACUAAUUUGAAUUUGUCAACUCAACCAUUAGACCAUGGAUGCAGUGAUGGGUUUGACCUUUCACCAGUCUGCAACAAACGUAAAAAGGACUUCUUCCCCCAUCGACAUGAGGACGAUUGUUGCUUAACAAGUAAUCCACAUUUCGAAAAUUCUUUAGAUUUGAAAGUUCGUACUGCUGAGCUCCCCUGGCUAAAUGAGUUUAGUGGAGUAAUGAAGAACGUUUGUGGCCCUGUUACUGCUGCAAAAUCAAUAUACGAGGACGAUGAGGGGUUCUUGAUCAUUGUUAGCCUGCCUUUUGCCGAUCUUCAUAGAGUAAAAGUUACUUGGAAGAAUACACCCUCCCAUGGAAUUGUUAAGAUCGCUUGUGUGAGUACAGCUUGUCAACCAUUCAUUAAGAGACAUGAUAGGACAUUUAAGCUAACAGAUCCAACACCGGAGCAUUGCCCCCCUGGGGAGUUCAUUAGGGAAAUUGCCCUCCCUACCCGUAUUCCAGAAGAUGGUAAAUUGGAAGCGUAUUGUGAUGAAACCGGAACUGUGCUUGAGAUUAUUAUACCCAAACACCGUAAAGGACCGGAAGAACAUGAGGUCCGCGUAUGCUUCGUCCCUCCCCUUGGAAUGAACGAGCAUAACAUGUUGUCAUGAGGGUCAAUGCGGGCGAGAUUAUUGUGGCAGUUUUUGGUGUCAUUGUUUCUCACUUUGUUCGGUCAUGGAAAUUCACAAGUCAUCUGAUUUUUUUUUUUUUUCCAUAAUCUUUUAUAGCGUGUCCCACCCCACAUUCAUGUUUUCUUUAAGUUUUCUUAGAGAAUACUUAGGUGCGACUGUUUAUUAAUGUAUGCUUUAUUGACCA